GGCCGGCGCUGACGUCACUUCCGCCGUCUCCCCCGGCAGGCCGCAGCCAUGGCGCCGGUGGCAGCGCUGAGCCCCGAGCAGAAGCAGGAGCUGGCGACCAUCGCCCAGCGCAUCGUGGCCCCCGGCAAGGGCAUCCUGGCGGCCGACGAGUCCACCGGCAGCAUCGCCAAGCGGCUGAGCUCGGUGGGGGCGGAGAACACGGAGGAGAACCGGCGCUGGUACCGGCAGCUGCUCUUCACCGCCGACAGCCGCGUGGACCCCUGCCUGGGGGGGGUCAUCCUCUUCCACGAGACCCUCUACCAGAAGGCCGACGACGGCAGGACCUUCCCCGAGGUCAUCAAGGCCAAGGGGGCCCUGGUGGGCAUCAAGGUUGACAAGGGAGUGGUGCCCCUGGCUGGCACCGAGGGCGAGACGACCACCCAGGGCCUGGACGGGCUGAUGGAGCGCUGUGCCCAGUACAAGAAGGAUGGAGCUGACUUUGCCAAGUGGCGCUGCGUGCUCCGCAUUGGGCCCCGCACCCCCUCCAGGCUGGCAGUGCUGGAGAAUGCCAACGUCCUGGCACGCUAUGCCAGCAUCUGCCAGCAGAAUGGCAUCGUGCCCAUCGUGGAGCCUGAGAUCCUGCCCGAUGGGGACCACGACCUGAAGACCUGCCAGUAUGUGACUGAGAAGGUCCUGGCAGCUGUCUACAAGGCCCUGAGCGACCACCACGUGUACCUGGAGGGCACCCUGCUGAAGCCCAACAUGGUCACGGCUGGGCACGCCUGUGCCAACAAGUUC